AUGACGGCAAUGCCUGCGCUCUCUCGUCUCCGCCCUUCACCCAUUCUCACCACUCAGCAGCUUUAUUCUCGCCCAGCAAAGAGGACCCCGAAAGUGAGACCAUCCAAUGCUCCCCCAGGGCCCCAAGACCCGACUCAGUCGUCCAGCAGGAGCCCCCAACUGCAACGGCACAACGGGUCCCUCCCACCUGGUGCACCCUGGGCCUCGGAGCUGGAGAAUGGGACCCCAAAAAUAGUGUGGAAUUUGCCUUCGGCCGGCGCCUAA